AUGACCACACUCACGAUGAUGAUGACGUGCCGUCUGCUGUGCGCCCUGUUGGUGCUCGCCCUGUGCUGCUGCCCGUCCGUGUGCGUGGCAGACGCUCAGCCUAAACCCGCUGCCACUUCUUCCCAGACGAAUACAACACCGGUACCAACUAAGCCUGAAUCGUCUGAAGCCGCCCCCAGUCAAUCGACUUCUGCAACAGGUGUAACACUUGAGGGUACCGGUCAGCCAGAGUCAUCAAGUAAUGGGUCCGCUGCGGAGCACGGAAAUACGGCCGGAAAUAGAGGAGUUUUGCCCAGUUCGCAUCCGCAAUCAAGUGUUGAUCCCAAUACUGUGCAAAGAGAAGGUACGGGAGAAAAGUCAGGGACAAAAAGCCGCACUCGUACAUCCACAGAACAUGCAAAUAAGAAUGUCGACGAUCCUGCCGAGACCACAACGACCACCACCACAAAGGCACCAACCACGACGACCACCACUGCGCCAGAGGCACCAAGUACUACGACUACAGAGGCGCCAGCUGUGUCGAGCACCCGCGCACCGUCACGUCUUCGCGAAAUCGACGGCAGCCUCAGCAGCUCUGCGUGGGUGUUUGCCCCGCUGGUGCUCGCCGCGUCCGCGCUGGCGUACACCACUGUGGGCUGA